AAUCCAAAGUUAUCCGUGACUGGUCACGAUGUUGUUCCAAUAAGUGACUCAAAAUUUCUGAUAUUGUUCGGUACAGAAACAGAAACUCCUUUAAAGUUUACGGAUCCCGUUCAGCAAGUUGACAUACAAACAGGUGUUGUAGAUACUCUUAAUAUAAGUGGCUCGGUUUCGACUCGGUAUGCUCACACUGCUACUGUGGUCGAUAAUAAGGUCUAUGUGUUAGGCGGUAUAAGUAACAGUAAUAUUCUUGGUGAUGUUAUGUAUUUGGAUCUUUCAUCUUAUAGUUGGAAUACUAUUAAUAAUACAUCUCAAAUCGCUGGACAUUCAACUUUGGCGAUUGGAAAAUAUUUAAUAUCUUGUUUCGGCUUUGAUUCGAACCUUAAUCUUAGAAAUGAUUGUAAUGUUUUUGAUACUUCAACUAAUGUUUACGUACCAUCUAAUAUUUCUGGAACGAUACCAGCACCUCGUUCUUAUUCAUCUAUGGUUUCUGCUGAUGAUAAUGAUAAAAUUAUUUAUGUUUUUGGUGGAUUUGACAAAGAUUCUCAUGGAUAUAAUGACCUUUAUAUUUUAGAUGCAUCGAAUACUCCUGAUUUAUCUUGGUCUUCUGUGUCUAUUAGUGCAAAAGUAGAUAAAUCUUUAAUACCAUCACCUCGAGGCGCUCAUAGCGCGUUUGUAAAAUCAGGUUUAAUGACGAUUUGGGGUGGUUAUUCUAAUACAACCAAUAUAACCAUAGCUGAUGGGAACUUAUAUUUCUUUGACAUUAAAGCUAAUAUGUGGGUCAAUUCUCAAAGUUUAAAUGAUAGUUCAAUGACUUCGCAAUCUAAUGAAAAAAGAUCUAAUGCUUUAAUAUGGGAUAUUAUUAUUGGAGUCGCUUGUAUUAUUAUUUUAAUAAUAUUUCUCUUAGGUUUUUUCAUGAUACGUCGUCGUAGGCUAAAAAAGAAUCUUCAAGAUAAAUGUGAAACUUAUGAUGAUCCCUACUUUCGUCCUGGAGGUCAACUUGGAAGUGAAUCUGAUCUUCUCUCAAAUGCUGGAACUUUACAAAAACCAUCUCCACCUACACCUUCGUUUAUACGACCACGAUCAAAAUAUGAAAAUGAUUCAAUAUCAUUAGAACGGCGUAAUUCUACCAGUUCCGUUGUUUCAACAAGUAUGUCAAUGUCUUCGGACUCUCUUAAAAAGACCAAUCCAUUAACUUUUCCGGUCACUCACAUCACGGAACCACAACGUAUGAAACGAUCUCAUAGACGCACUUCUUCAGUGACAUUAAGUACUGUCGAUGUAGAAAAUAUUACCCAUCAAACACAUCAAAGGCUCAUUAAUAAUAAUUUCCGUUGUUCAUCACAAUCAUAUAGUUUACGUCGAUCAGUAUUAUCCAACACCAUUGAGUCAUAUUCAUUAAUAGAUAAUAACCAUGAUAUAAGUCGUGGUUCAAGCGUUAAAUCAGUUAAUUCCCUUAAAUGGGUCGGAUUUAACGAUUCAAUUACUGAUGUUCAAAAUGGAAGAAAAUUGUCUUUACAUGUACGAAAUGAUUUUAAUCAGAAGAGCAAGAAUAUUCGUGAAUCAGAUUUACAAGAUGAAUAUAUAAUUCAUGGUGAUUAUAUUGAUACCACAAAUAAAAGUAGUGCAGGUCAAUAUCAUAAUGGAAGAAAUAGUGUAUCUGUUAUUCCAAAACAGGAGGGCAUCUCUGAAGAAGAAGAAUUUUCCGAGAGAUAUGAUUCCAAUACAGCAUACAUGAUCCAAAAUGGAAAUUAUGAAAGCAGUUCCGAGCGUACUUCUAAAGAAAGUGAAUCAAUUGACAAGUUCAGUUAUCAUUCAAUCUCUUCUCAAAGUUCAAUAUAUUCAUGUGACUCCGAAGAUAAAAGAAAAGUCAGAAAAUCAAAGCGGUCAUCUAAAAGAACCAGUAAAGUGUCAUUUGCUCCAACUGACGAAAAAAUUGAGUUUGAUGAAUCAGAAUCAUCAAAAAGUGUUUAUUUAGCCCGUAUGUCUGCGCGAUCGAGUCAAAGUAGCACGUCAAGCAAUUAA